AUGUUUUCAUCAUUUUCGCGUACAACAGUUGCCGUUGCAGUGGCGUUCUUCCUCUGCUGGGCGCCCUUCCACGCGCAACGCCUGAUGGCUGUGUAUGGCAGCAGCGCGAACAUUGAAUCGAAACUGUUCAAAGAUGUCUUCGAAGCUGUCGACCUCACAUCCGGUGUGUUGUAUUACCUAUCGACCUGCAUCAAUCCGUUGCUGUACAACAUCAUGAGUCACAAAUUCCGUGAUGCUUUUAAG